UUCUCUCUCUCCUCUCUUUCUCUCUCAUCUGCUUGCUGCUCUCCACUCUUCCACCUUUCCCAUCUCUUUCCAUUUCCUAUUUUUCGUCUUUUUUUGGCUUUGAUUGAUUCCUUCUCUUUGACCACAGCCUCGUGAUUUGUACUGAUUCUGGAGUAGAUUCAAUUUUGUGGUCUGUGUUUCCUCUCCUCGAGAGCAAUUAUACAUUUGAAGUAGGUUGGAGCUAAAAGAGAAACAUUUGAACUUUUUUUUUCAUUCUUUUUGCUCAAGGAGCUUUCACUUUGGAACAAAGUAACGGUCAUCUGGUUUUUGAAAUGGUCACCCAAUCAUGGUUUCGUAGUCUGUGGACAUCAUCGAAGAAGAAUGAGUUUCAUAGUGAAAAGGCGAAGAUUGCAGUUUUGUCAUUUGAGGCUGCUAGCUUGAUGACUAAACUGCUUCACCUGUGGCAAUCAAUGACUGAUAAGCAGGUUGCUAGGUUAAGAGAGGAGAUAAAUAGCUCGUUGGGUAUAAAGAAGCUUGUAUCGGAGAGUGAUGAAUAUAUAGGGAAGUUGAUUUGUGCGGAGAUGAUGGAAAAUUUGGUGCAUGUGGCAAGAGCAUUGGCCAGGCUGUCCAAGAAAUGCAACGACCCCCUGCUGAGAAGUUUUGAGCAAGCAUUUAACGAUUUGAUUAAGGGUGGCACAGACACAUAUGGUUGGCAGUUCUCAUGGAAGAAGAUGGAGAGAAAAGUCAAGAAGAUGGAACGUUUUAUAGUUGCAAAUGCUAAUUUGUAUCAAGAGAUGGAGACGCUCGCAGAUCUUGAACAGGCAUUGAAGAGGAUGAGGGGCAAUGAUAACGCAGAUAGCAUUGCAUUGGUUGACUAUGAGAAGAAGAUUGCAUGGAAGCGUCAAGAGGUGAAGCAUCUCAAGGAAACUUCUCUCUGGAGUCGGACGUAUGAUUAUACCAUUAUCCUCAUGGCAAGAUCUCUUUUUACCACGUAUGGCAGGAUUGGACAUGUUUUUGGAGUUAACCACAUUGCUGACAUGGGGGCUAAUUCGAGAGUGAUAGAUAUUUCUAAUUCUAAUAAUCGACGUAGCCACUCAACUGUCUUCAUGCAAUCAUCUGUUUAUCCAUCUGAAAAUUAUGUCCCUAGAUUUUCUACGGGUGCACAAAGCGAGUCCAUCUCUGCGAGAGCAAACAACUUGGGCAACUUCCGUUCAGGUCCUCUUGGGAACUCAAUGGCUACGUCUAAUCCGAUCUCUGGUAAACAUAAUGGUGUUGGUGGUUAUUAUUCAGGUCCCUUAUCCAGUUCGACAACCAAACCCGAUCCUACUUCAGCUCCAAGAACAAGCAAGAGUUCUUUGAGGAUGUGGCAUUUCCGUGAUAAAUCUCACAAAGCUGAGAAAAUCUCUCAGCGAAAACCAAAUAAAAUGACCAUGUCAGGACCUUUAACUGGAUCUGUUAUGGUUGGAAAUGGUUCUCAGACCAGUAACAGCUACUUAGUACCUGGUGAUGCUCAUUCUGGAGUUCUGGAUGGAAAGAUUUAUGGGAACUCGAGCGAUGGAAACUUCUCUAUAGUUGGACCGAAGAGCAAGCUGUUGAAUCCGCCUCCUGAAACUCUUGGUGCUUCCGCCCUAGCUCUGCACUAUGCAAAUCUCAUCAUAUUCGUCGAGAAGUUGGUUGCGUCUCCUCACUUGAUCGGGAACGAUGCUAGAGACGAUGUAUAUAAUAUGUUGCCAGCUAGCAUCAGAGCAUCCCUCAGGGCUAAGCUGAAGCCUUAUGCAAAGAGCCUGAGUUCAUCAGUUUAUGACACAGCUCUUGCGAAUGAAUGGAAUGAUGCUAUGUCAAAAACACUCGAAUGGCUCGCCCCUCUUGCUCAUAACAUGAUAAGAUGGCAGUCGGAGCGGAGCUUUGAGCAUCAGAGCUUGGUCUCCAGAACAAACAUCCUUCUUGUCCAGACGCUCUACUUUGCAAAUCAAGAAAAGACAGAAGCCCAGAUCACCGAGCUUCUCGUUGGGCUGAACUACAUAUGGAGAUUUGGGAGAGAAAUCACUGGAAAAUCGCUGGCAGAAUGCGCCAGUGGCAGAACGUUUGACGAAUAUCAGGAGUGAUAUCACUGUAACCUCUCAUAUGCGUGUGUGUGUGUAUAUAUCAUCAUCCUUCACCAUCUUGCGCGAUAGUAGCUUCUUACAUUGAUUGAGAUCCAUUUUCGGACCACGGUGUCGGGUUAUUACAUUGUGAUGGCGAAGAACAUCAUAUGCUGGAGUUUGAAUCUGAGCCGUGCUUCAUGGAUUCCUGGUAAACUGUAUAUCCAAUAUUGCCAACUCCUCUCUUAUGAUCUGUUGAUAGCAUGUGUAUGUUAGAAAUUGAGGGAUUUUGUCUCAUCAAGCUUUGCUGCUUGUCUCAAUUUCAUGUCUCCUUAAGAAUUUGUGUUGUUAGAUUACACGAAUGAUUAAAUAGUGCUUGCUGUUUGCCCUUGGAUUUAUAGCUAUAAUCAAGAAUUUUCGAGUUUUUGGCUGUGAA